CGAUGCCUUGAUCGAUACCGACGGUGAACAGAGACAUCGCCCCUGUUGUUCCUGGAGUUCCCUUCCCGGUGGCCCCACGACCUCUCAUGGGGAAUGGGACCCACAAGCAUCUAGCUCUGCGAUGGGAUUGGAGCGGCUGCGGAUAAGGGGCAAGCCACCAGAAUCCAGAUUCGCAGUCCCUUUCCUUCCCUCAGCUGUGGUCUCGUAGCACUCUUAAAACCUAACCACUAAUUACUUUUUGAAGAAAGAAACGAGUGGACGAAGCAAGUACGAGAUGGUCAUUCUCGCUGAAUCUAGCUAAAAGCUGCAGCAGCUGCUGCUAAUUAUUAGUUCUUAACGGGUGGUGAGCCAAGCUGAUCUGGGUAGAUUCUGUGGCUCCGAUACAAACUUAGAUAGACCACAAACAUUCAUGGAGAUCUUGGUUACUGAUAUCAUCAUCAUGUUGGCUGUUUCAGAUAUAUAAUGGCUGUGCUUUCCAUAUGUUCAAUAGUGUCCUGUAAAGACCAGGUUUAUCCUACUGGGAAAGUGAUAGGACAGAAUGAAAGAGGAUCGGCAGACCAUUUUUCUGUUCAUAUGGUGUGCAAAUGUUUUUCACCUUCUCUAGUUAAUGAGACCGGCAGAAGAUGGAAUGUCUUACACCAUGUUUCUGAGUUAACUUUGAAAGGAAAGAAACAACACAGAGCUGGUGCAUAUUGCCUGUUUCAUAAUUGGUCUGUUCCAUUUCAGAAUUCUGUAGAAAUAUCUUUUCCCAAGGUCUAUAAUACAAACAGCCAUGAGGAGAAAUCUAGUUCAGGAAACGUAUAUCGGAGAGACCAAUCCUGUUAUGAUUCUUCUGAAUUAGAAGCAGGUAAUACUGAGAGGCAACUGAAAGCACUGGAUUCUUAUUUUAGCAAGCUCAGUGAUGACACGGUUGAGCAGCUUAGCUCUUGCAUGUCUACAAGCAACCUUGACACUCUCUCUGAUGAAAAGGAAUGUAAAUCUUCUUCUCAAUGUGAAGGCAAAAUGACAGACAUGAUUGAAGCAACUGGUGACAAAACAAAGACUGGAUUGAGUUUGUUAAAGAACUACUUUGCCAAACUAAACACCGAAAUUAGUACAAGAAAAAGUACAUCCAUUUCUGAUAAAGAAGCAUCAGCAGGAAAUUCUAUGAGACCCCCAGAAUCUGCUAUCAGAGAAUAUAAUGAAAAGGAAGGCACGAUUGCAAAGCCAAAAGUUUAUAAGCAGUUUGCGAGUAUGGACAAUCGAACUGAUCCAGGGAUGUUAGGCAAGGACAAUGUUGAAGGCCUACAGACAAAUGACGAAGCUUCUGACUUGUAUCUAAUAAGUUUAUUGGCUGGAAUAAAUAUUGCAGUUUUCUUAUUUGAGAUAGCAAGUCCAAUCAGGAACUCGGAUGUAGAGCAGUUGUCACUCCCUCUGAUCUAUGGGGCAAAGAUAAAUAAAUUAAUCCUUCUCGGGGAGUGGUGGAGACUACUGACACCAAUGUUUCUGCAUUCAGGAUUCCUUCAUGUUGCUCUUGGUUGUUGGGUGCUUCUUACUUUUGGGCCUCAAGUUUGCAAAGGAUAUGGCCCAUGUACCUUUUUCCUAAUAUAUAUACUUGGAGGAAUUUGUGGCAAUUUCACAAGUUUUAUUCACACCCCAGAGCUAACUGUAUGUGGGACAGUAAGUUCAACGGGUCCAGUAUUUGCCAUAAUUGGAGCUUGGCUUGUCUAUCAAACCCAAAAUAAAGAAGUCACUGACAAGGAGGUUUCAGAAAGCAUGUUCUGGAAGGCAGUGAUCGCCACUGCUCUGAGCUUUGUCUUGAGCAGCUUUGGGAGAAUUGACGACUGGACACAUGUUGGAGCUAUCAUUUCAGGCGUAGUUUUUGGCUAUUUCACAUGUCCAGUCUUGGAAUUGGAUGAUUUAUCUUCGAAGAAUGGGCAAAAGGAGGGAAUUGCCCUUGUGCAAAGACAGGCCAAUCCGUGCAAAUCACUGAUUGCUUUCACCAUUUUUGCAGUUGUAUUAGCUUCUUUGGUUUUCUUUUAUGAACCAGAGCUUGAGAUGUUGGAAGUGGAUGGCUUGGUGUAGGAAUGUACUGGUUUGGAUACCUAGAAAAAGAUGAGGUUGUAUCAGUACAUAGGCGGAUGAUUUUUAGGUAGCCGUUAUGAUAAUGCGGCAUUGGUCCUUUUAUAAGGUCAUAUCUGUGUGCUCCAAAGACUGGUGCAGAAUGAACUUAAUUUCUUUUUGGGCAAAAAAUGUACUUAUUUCGGUUUGAAGCUUACAUGUUGAUGGUUUAAGAAUGACCAGCGAGAUAUACUCCAUAAUCAAAUAUUUUCCAUUUUGACCA